AUCAAUCUAUUGGAAAAGCUGUUAUUGAAAAUUUCAAAAGAAGGAUCAAUAAGUAACAUUGAUGGCGCUGAAUAUCAUUGUAAUAAAACUCAAGUGCGUAAAGUGAUCUCUGGAGUGGUGGGAGCUGCAAGCAGUGUCACAUCCAUACAAGUUGCGAAUCUUUUACGUCUAUUUAAGAUACCUCAGGUGUCAUUCUUCUCAACAAGUCCAGAACUAAGUAAUAAACAACGUUUUGAGUUCUUUUCAAGAACGAUUCCAUCCGACCAUUAUCAAGUCAAAGCCAUGAUUGAUAUUGUACGAUUGAUGGGUUGGAGUUACGUGUCCAUCAUUUAUGAAGAAUCAAAUUAUGGAAUUAAGGCGUUUGAAGAACUCGAAGAACUUCUUGCAAAACAUGAUAUCUGCAUUGCUGUUAAAGAGAAACUUGUUAAAGAUUCAGGAGUUGCAGAAGAAAUUGCAUAUGAUAAUAUUGUACAAAAACUAUUAACAAAGCCAAGAGCACGUGGUGCAAUUGUUUUUGGAUCAGAUCAAGAAGUAGCUGGAGUUAUGAGAGCUGUACGACGUCUGAAUGCUACAGGAAGUUUCUCAUGGAUCGGUUCUGAUGGCUGGAGUGCACGAUCAUUGGUAUCGGAUGGUAAUGAAGCCGAAGUUGAGGGUACACUGUCCGUUCAACCGCAAGCGAAUCCAGUUAUAGGAUUUGAAGAAUAUUUUCUUAGUUUAACUGUUGAAAAUAAUCAACGGAAUCCAUGGUUUGUUGAAUUUUGGGAAGAUCACUUCCAUUGUAAAUAUCCAAAUAGUUCCCGUACCCCCUACAACAUUAAAUACACUCGACCAUGCACUGGCAAAGAAAAAUUAACAAAACAGAAUACGGUGUUCGAGGAUCAAUUACAAUUUGUUAGCGAUGCUGUUAUGGCAUUCGCUUAUGCAAUACGGGAUAUGCACCAGGACCUAUGUAACGGGAAGGCUGGAUUGUGUGAUGCAAUGAAACCAACAAAAGGAACGGAAUUACUUAAAUAUUUGCGCACCGUGAACUUUGAAGGUUUAAGUGGAGAUCAUUUUCGUUUCGAUAUAAAUGGGGAUGGUCCUGCACGCUAUAAUAUCAUACAUUUUAAACAAGUUACACCAGGUGUAUACCGUUGGAUACGUGUUGGAGAAUAUCUAGAAGGCGAAUUACAUUUAAACUUAUCUGAAAUCCAAUUUAAACUUGGUCAUCCAAAACCCCCAGAAUCUGUGUGCAGUUUACCAUGUGAUAAAGGACAAGCGAAAAAAUACGUGGAAGGUGAAAGUUGCUGUUGGCAUUGUUUCAAUUGUGCGCAAUAUCAGAUUCGACAUCAACAAGAUGAAACCCGUUGUAUAACAUGCCCACAAGGUACCAUUCCCGAUGAAUUCCAUACGGUAUGUAAUGAAAUACCAGAAGUGUAUUUACGACCAGACAGUGGUUGGGCCAUUGGUGCUAUGUCAGCAUCGACCAGUGGUAUUCUGGUUACGUUAUUUGUAUUGGGUGUAUUCAUUAAGUUUAAUGAUACACCAGUGGUGCGUGCGUCUGGACGUGAACUUAGUUAUGUGCUGCUAGCAGGCAUCUUGAUGUGUUACAGUGUUACAUAUGCGUUAAUUAUGAAACCAACGGAUGUUGUCUGUGGAAUACAAAGAUUCGGUGCUGGAUUCUGUUUUACUGUCGUCUAUGCAGCAUUAUUUACAAAAACCAAUCGUAUUGCUAGAAUAUUUAAUGCAGGCAAACAUUCAGCAAAACGGCCUAGUUUCAUCUCACCUAGGUCACAACUCAUCAUUUGUGCUGGUCUUGUAUUUGUUCAGAUAUUAAUAAAUGGUAUCUGGAUGUUGGUAUCACCUCCACGUGCAAUCCAUCAUUAUCCAACACGUGAAGAUAAUCUAUUGGUGUGUUCAUCCUAUAUUGAUGCAUCCUAUAUGAUUGCAUUUACAUAUCCAAUAUUUUUAAUCGUCGUUUGUACGGUUUAUGCUGUGCUUACUAGAAAAAUACCAGAAGCUUUUAAUGAAUCCAAAUUUAUUGGUUUCACAAUGUACACAACAUGCGUAAUAUGGCUAGCAUUUGUGCCACUUUAUUUUGGAACAGCUAAUCAUGUGGCACUUAGAAUUACAAGUAUGGCAGUUACAAUCAGUUUAUCAGCAAGUGUUACAGUCAUUUGUUUAUUUUCACCAAAACUUUAUAUAAUUUUAAUACGUCCCGAAAGAAAUGUACGCCAGAGUAUGAUGCCACAACGAUACAGUGUCGUAAAUAAUCGUACAGCGACCACAACAAACUCUGGAGCAGGAAGUAUGAUGGCCGCUGUAAUGGUAACAGCUGCCACCUGUGAUCAAAAAGAGAAAAUCCCAUUACCCCCACCACCGAUGUCAUUAAAUUCAUCGGAAAAUGAUUUAGAAUUAAUGGAAAAGAAGAAAGUUGACAAAGCUGUUCAAACAGCUACAAUAUUAUGUGCGCGCGCAGUUGGAACAGUAUUAAAUAAUAAUAAUUUUACAAAUAAUAAUAGUACACAUCCACCCACAUCAGAUAGUGGUGGUGGGGGGGACACAUCCACAAUGUUAAGUAAUGUUGUGGAAACAAAAAAUCAGCAAACAGCAAUCAUUACAAAUAAAUCCGAAACAAUCAUUAAUGGUCCGUUAAAUCAAAAUAAUCAUAAGGAGAGCAAGGAUACGUCAUAGCAGGAACAUGUUAAUGGAACAACAACACCAACCGGAGGAUCCAAAAACUCUAGUUUCAAAUCAAGAAAUCGUCAUCCAGUUCAAGUUUAAAGAUAUUUUUUAGGUUAUCGUAAUAAAUCUUCGAUUCGUAACUAGAUGUCAGCACUUGACAUAACGUCAGCCAUUUUGCUUUUAGUUGCGAAUUAAACCAGAAAAAUAAACGAUUGAUUACCCUCCUCUGGGUGUAUUUAGGGUAUAAUUAGAAAAUUUAAAAAAAAAAU